UCUGAAUAAAUCAUCUGCACGCGCCUUCUGAUUAUCUAUACUAAACAACCUCUUCAUGUGAUUUAUCAGCUAUAUAAGAUGGCCAGAACCUAAUCAGAGUAAUGCAGGUGGACUCCGAACCAACUGUCAGUAGUAGCAGUAAUACUAAUUGCAAUAACACAAAUAUUUCGAAUUCAGAAGUAUCUAAAGCAGUACAUAGAGGACAUACACGUUCUUUUUUCGGGAAAAUGGCCGCAAUUCCAACGCAACACAGCAACACAGAUUUAUCGACUCAAAAGGCGAUACUUGAACAGCUUUUCUUGAAAAAGGAAAUAGAUGGUGAUUUUUGGUACGUUGUUGUCGCCGAAUGGUUAGAGCAACUUAAGCGUUAUACUGGAAUUUCAAGUUCUAGAAAGUUUCUAUAUCACUCGAGGUCACACCCAGGUCCGAUUAUAACAAGACGAGAUUACGCCCAUACAGUGGAUGUUGUCCACGAGGACGCAUGGAGAAUGUUAAUUCAGUGGUAUGGCAUUGCAGAAGGUCAUCGACCAAUGAAACUUGUCGUCUAUGCUUAUUCCCGGGCACAGGAAAUUGAACACAAUUUAAACUCAUUCAAAAUAAUGUUGGCCAAUGCACCUGCUGAAGAGUUCCACAAUGUAAGGUUUAGUAAACUUGAAAAGGUUGGUCAUCUUGAAUGGAAACUAAGAGAUAUUUAUCAGAUUCAUAAAAAUGAAAAAAGUCGCAUUUGGGCAAAGUCAGACUCGGAUAGUGAAUGGCAGCUAUUGUUAGACAGAGACAAAUCUGUAGGCAAAGCUUUGAUGAUUGACUCGGAUUUCACUAGACCAAUCAUAGCUAUGGAAAUGUGUAAAGGAGAUGGAGUGUGGAAAAAUAGUCCAGGUUCAUCAGAUUGUCCUCAGGACCAUUCUAUUGGUCCUCUGUAUGAACGAAAUAUUUUCGAUGAUAUAACAAGCAACUGGGAAGUUGAUAUUCACGAACAAAUAGACCAUCUUGGGAAGAGUAUGAUCGACAACUUACAUGUUAACUUUAAUGCUUUUGUACAACGGGCUAAAGAAUAUGUUGACGAACGAGAUACAAAUCUUAGGCAUAGAGAAAGAAAUCUGUGCAUGCGCGAAAACUAUGUUGACAACAUGGAAAAAACGAUGAAAGAAAAAGAAAGGAAACUUGACUCUGCUCUCCAGGACUACGAGAAUCUUAUACGAAUAAAUGAAGAAAAGAUAGAAGCGUUUGAGAUUGAACACCUGAAGAAAAUGGAAGAAAUGGAAGUUGCGUUUGAUCGUCGACUUAUUGACAUGAACAAACAAAGAGAUGAGUUUGAGAGAGAAAGAGAAAACUUUCAUCAUGAACUACAGAAAAUGUCAGAAAUGUACAGAAUUCAAGAAAACAAGAUAAAACUGGAUAUUGGUGGACAACAAUUUUCGACCUCGUUAACAACACUGACACGUGAUUCUUCCUCUAUGUUAGCUGCAAUGUUCAGUGGACGCCAUCAACUCAAAACUGAAGCAGACGGUAGUAAUUUCAUCGACCGAGACGGAACUCACUUCCGGUAUAUAUUGAAUUUUCUGCGUGAUGGUUGCAUUAAAGAGGGCACACUUCCACCCAGUGAGUUCAUUCUACGAGAGCUAUUGGCAGAAGCAGAGUUUUAUCAAAUUUCUGGACUUGUCGAAUAUUUAAACACUUUGCUUUUUAAGACCGACGACUCUGGAGAUACGCACAGCCUUGUUUAAGCAAUUAUUUAAGAAAUUUACCAUAAACAAUGUUACUUAUUAUAAAUAGUUGAUAUUUCAUGAAAUUGUAGAAUAAAUGCUUUUUGAUUCA